UCUGCAUCAUGGCUUCCACAGCGAUGCUCCUACUUCAGCUGCUCCUGGUCUCACUGGCUUCUGCAUCACAUCACUUUGGGGGAAUGGCGACCUACACCUACAGAGGACAAAACCCUGAUGGAACGUACAAGGUGGACCUUCGCAGCAGAUCAACCUCCAGGUGGUGUGGGCACAUCUACUGGUGGAACUGCUAUGGGAGCAACUGUGGCAUUGUCUAUAGCAGUCCGUCGGGUAUGGUUGACAGGCAGACCAACAUAUCACAAUACUACGGAGACUCUUGUGAGACUGAAACAGUUUUCACGACUAAUGUUCUCAGUGACAAACCUUUUCAGAUGAGGGCAAGUAGCUGCUGUUGGGUGGCAACGGCCAAUUAUGUUGGCAGCUGGCAUCUACUGACUGAAGUAGAUCUGGGAAAGAGGUCUGACACCAGGAAACCAAACAGAUCACCAGAAAUCGGCAUCCUACCUAUCCUCCGAGUUCCUCAGAACUGCCCUCGGACAUACAAGCUCACGUCUUUUGAUCCUGAUGGGGACAAAGUUCAAUGUCGAUAUGGAAACGUCAGGGGGACAGAAUGCGACUCGUGCAACCUGCCACCAGGCUUCCUCUUAGAUCAGGGAUCUUGCACAUUGCACUACAACUACACACAAGCCAACAUCAAUGCUUUUGGACUUGAGUUGAUGGUGGAGGAUUUCCCACAAGGCUACAUGAAUCUGCAAUACGCAGACGGAUCCAGAUCCUACAGGACUCCGAUGAACGUGAGGAGACGAAAGAGAGCCUAUUACCCGAGCACAUACCCAACCACAACCUCAUACCCAACCACAACCCCAUACCCAUACUCAACCAGAGGCCCAUACCCAUACCCAACCACAGGCCCAUACCCAUACCCAACCACAACCCCAUACACAACCACAAGCCCACACCCAACCACAACAACAACAUACCCAACCACAACCCCAUAUCCAACUACAACCCCAUACCCAUACCCAUACCCAACCACAACAACCACACCAUACCCAACCACAACCCCAUACCCAACCACAACCCCAUACCCAUACCCGUACCCAACCCCAACAACAACCCCAUCCACAGCCCCAUACCCAACGACAAGCCCACAGCCAACCACAACCACAACCCCAUAUCCAACAACAACCCCAUACCCGUACCCAACCACAACAACAACACCAUACCCAUCCACAGCCCCAUACCCAACGACAAGCCCACAGCCAACCACAACCACAACCCCAUAUCCAACUACAACCCCAUACCCAUACCCAUACCCAACCACAACAACAACACCAUACCCAUCCAGAGCCCCAUACCCAACAACAACCCCAUACCCAUACCCGUACCCAACCACAACCACAACCACAACCCCAUACACAACCACAACCCCAUACCCAACAAGAACCCCAUACACAACCACAGCCGCAACCACAACCACAAGCCGACACCCAGCCACAACCACAACACCAUACCCAACAACAACCCCAUACACAACCACAGCCGCAACCACAACCACAAGCCGACACCCAGCCAUAACCACAACAACAUACCCAACAACAACCCCAUACACAACCACAGCCGCAACCACAACCACAAGCCGACACCCAGCCACAACCACAACACCAUACCCAUACCCGUACACAACCACAACCACAACCAAAACCCCAUACACAACCACAACUCCAUACCCAACCACAGCCUCAUACCCAACCACAACUCCUCUCAGCAAACUUCCUCUGCAAUUCUCUGUUCUUGUGGACCCCCCUGCUCCAUCAUGUCAGGAGGGAGCUUUCCUGCCCAAGCUUCUGCACCCAACACCUGCAAAUGGAGCUCGUUUCCAAGCAGAGGUCAACAAGGAAUUGGAAAUCAGAGUCAAAGCGCAGGCCACAAAUGCAACAAUAAAUAAUAUCAUGGUCAGUGGGCCGGUGAAUAUCAAAAAGCACCAGAACACACAGGGAGAGUUUGUCCUCAGGUGGACGCCGCUCCCAGAUGACCACGGACAACAUUUCGUGAUCUGCUUUGCUGUUGAAGCAGUCGAAAUGGCUGCCGUCUAUCAGUCCGAGAUGAGGUGUGUUAUUGUGGAAGCCAGAAGUGAAAUCGUUAAAUCCCAUGUGAUCUGCAACGAGUCCUCAAUGACAGUAUCGGUUGAGAAAGCCUCAUUCCCUCGACUCCAUGAGGAUCAUAUGCAGCUCAAUGAUCCCUCCAACACGGCCUGCAGCCUCCAGAGACACUCCAACAGCACUCACAUCAUCGCCAUCAUCCCCCUCAACGCCUGCGGCACUCAGAUCGAGGAAGAUGAGGAGAACCUCAUCUUCAAGAACGAAAUCACCACGGUGGACAACCCCAGAGACCUGAUCACCAGGAAGCACCAGCUGGAGGUGCAGUUCUACUGCCAGUACCCAAAACGAGGGAACGUGUCAUUGAGCUUCGUGGCACACAGGACUAACACAACUGUGUGGGAGAAGGGCUUCGGCACGUUCACCUACCAGUUUGAGUUCUACCCUGACAACCAGUUCCAAACCAUGAUGGAUCCAGCAGCAUAUCCUCUAGAGUACGACAUUGGGAACAGGAUUUACAUGAAGAUCGAGGCCACCUCCUCGGUCAACAACACCCAGCUGUUUGUGGAGUCCUGCCGAGCUGCACCUUACGACAACCCCAACUACCGCCCAACCUACUCCAUCUUUGAAAAUGGGUGUCAAAUGGAUCCAACUCUUCAGAUCCACUCCCCCGCUGCCCAGAAGGAAUUCAAGUUCAGCAUGGAGGCCUUCAAGUUCAUCGGACUGCACAAUCAGGUGUACAUCAGCUGCUCGGUCAUGAUGUGUGAAGCAGGGAAUUCGGACACCAGGUGUUCCAAAGGUUGCAUCAACUCUACGUCGACAAGCCCCUCACGCUCCAAGAGAGAGGCUGUCAUCCAGAGUGCCAGUCACUUCGUUUCCCAGGGGCCAUUGCGCUUACGGAGAUCGGCAGAGAGCGUCAGAGCCACAGCGACCAACCUGAAUCUGAACCUGGUGUUCAUCGCUGGAUGUGUUCUUGCAGCCGUCGGCAUGAUCUGCGGAGUGGUCAUGUACAGAGCCAGAGUGUCAAAGGUCAAAUACCAACCUCUGCCAACAUUUGAGAGUUAAAUCAGCAACGUGUGGGAAAUACCUGUUUUAUAUUGAUCACUUCAGACUGUACCAAGUCUUCUUUCAUGGUUUUUGUCGGGGGUUUAUGUCUCUAAUCAGGUGCAAAUGUGAGCAGACAGAUUUCAUAUCAACAUCCUCGUGAAUGUCUUCAGCUUUUUGUAAGGUUUAACUUUUAUAUUGAACAAAUCUGAAAGGUGUGUGGUGUUUACAGGUGGGAUCUGAUGUGGUUUUAUAACUGUUCCAUUUGUGAUGUGAUACAAUAUGAUUUAAAGUAGUAUUCUGAUUGAAAUGUGUGUUUUUACUUUCUAACACACACAUUUCUCAUUUGUCUGAAUACAUAUGAGGGUUUAUAUACUGAAUCUCUGUUUCACACACUGAAGUGUUUGUCAAUGCAAAGUCAUUCAGGGAAGUGUCAGAUGGUUGAGUGUGGUUGAUGUCGCUCUGAGUUGUAUAUCUACAUUAAAUAUCAAGUUGCAAACAUGUGACCUCCUUAUAAGAGUCAUUGCCAAAUUAUUAAUUAAUUAUUAUCAAUUCAUAGGAAAUUCUCAUAUGUCAAGUUUUUUUUAUCACCAGUGUAAAGCAGAGAUAUGUUUAUGUCACUGUCGCCUUUGGGAAACUGGAACUGUAUCAUUUUUUUGGU